AAAAAAAAAGACCCAAGCUUGGUCUGCUUCGCUCAGGCUACACAACCCGGCGUCCAAAUCAACGACCGAGUCACCGCUUUACCCGUUUUAGUAGGCUUUCUUCCCGCUGCAUGGUGGUGCUCUUUGACAACAAACUUCUCCCACAGAUGUAUGGCCGAGCUGGCGAAUCUGGUGACGAGGCUGGAGUUGGCCGUAGGCCGUCUGGAGGCAAUGUCGGGUCCCGGUGGCAGCAACGAAGGAUCUGCUAGUGGAGCUGUGUCUGCAUUCGUUGAGGCCUUUGACAAGAUAAUCAGCGGUCCUGUGACUCAAUAUUACACCCUCAGCCAGCAGAUAGGGGGCGAUGUCCUGAAACAUGCAGAAAUGAUGAAACAGGCAUUCUCCAGUCAGCGACACGUCAUUGUAACAUCCUCUGCUGCCCAGAAGCCCUCUGAUACUGUUUUGAACACCCUCCUGCAACCGAUGUCCCAAGUCAUCCAGCAGGUGCAGGCAUUCCGCGAGCAGAACCGCACAUCCACACAUUUCAACCACCUCUCAGCCAUUAGCGAGAGCGUACCUGCCCUUGGAUGGGUCGCCGUGGCCCCAAAACCAGGCCCAUAUGUUAAAGAGAUGCAGGAUGCCGCCAUGUUCUACACCAACCGUGUGCUCAAGGAGUACAAGGAAAAGGACAAGACACACAUGGACUGGGUGCGGUCCUAUUUGGUAAUCUGGACCGAGUUGCAGAAUUACAUAAAGCAAUACCACACCACCGGUCUGUCCUGGAGCAAGACUGGCCCAGUGGCUUCAGCUUCUACAGCCUCUGCGGCCCCCCCAAGCGCACCUGGCGGUUGCCCUCCCCCGCCCCCUCCAGGGCCGCCGCCUCCUCCCAUGAACCUUAGCGGCACCUCUGGACAUGGUGACAGCGAUGCCCUCAAUCGGAAUGCCUUGUUUGAGUCCAUCAACAAGGGGGCCGACAUCACUAAUUCCCUCAAGCAUGUUGGCGAAGAUGAAAAGACCCACAAGAAUCCCAGCCUCAGAGCUCAAAGUGCUCCUAUGCGUGCCGGACCAAAGCCCUUCACUUCCUCCCGAGCCACUGCAUGUGCCACCCCGACACGCGCAGCUCCUCCCGUUUUGGAGCUGGAAGGCAAGAAGUGGAAAGUGGAGAACCAAGAAGGUGCACAGGACCUGGUGAUCAGUGACACUGAGCUCAAACAAGUGGUUUAUGCUUACAAGUGUAACAGCAGCACUCUGCAGGUCAAAGGCAAACUCAACUCCAUCACUAUCGAUAACUGUAAGAAAAUGGGCCUGGUGUUUGAUGAUGUCGUUGGCAUUGUUGACAUCAUAAACUGCAGGGAUGUCAAAGUCCAGGUUAUAGGUCGGGUUCCCACCAUCUCCAUCAACAAGACCGAUGGCUGCCACGUGUUCCUGAGCAAAGACUCUCUGAACUGUGAGAUCAUCAGCGCCAAGAGCUCAGAGAUGAACAUCCUGGUGCCCCGCAAGGAUUGCGAAUUUUCGGAGUUCCCGGUUCCUGAGCAGUUCAAGACUGUCUGGGAUGGCGAAAAGCUCGUUACCACGUCAACAGAGAUUGCGGGAUAGAGGUGCAGCAUGCAGUGCGGCCGGCUUUUUUCGACGCCUCACACGCCCCUCCCCCCCAUUUCGCCAAGUCCACCUGACUAAUGACCCGCACUCACCAGCUAACCCACACGCUGUAGAGUUGAACGUCAUGCGUUUUCUCACACCCCUUCUCCCUGGCCAAUCACAGCUUUAGCUGUUUCUUCCCAUAGCCAAUGAGGACUGCUCACUUUUAUCUGAAACAUUCCUCCAGCCAAUCAGCAGGGAGUACUUUGCCAAUAGCAUCUGUAUAUCAUUGAGCCGGAUAAUGUUGUACUAAAUUAGCCAUCAUAGUUAAGUGAAUAUAGUCUCUGCAGCCACAAUUAUCAAGAUGCUUCAUGCGCUAAUGAUCUCUUAAUGGCUCGGAUGGCUUCCCCACCCCCAGGUUAUGGUGUGGGUGUGGUAGGUUUCUAUUUCUUAAUAUGCAAUUCAGUGAAGCACUUAACAAAUCUUUUCCAUGGCCUCCACAUUGCACAUUGAAAAUAACAGUUGUUGUGUAUAUUAAAAAACAUGCAACACAUAGAUUAGGAGUAAAAUCAGGUUGAGUAUGUGCUGACAUCUAAUUUUAUGCACGUUUUCAUUUGUGAUCUGUCUUUGAUCAUUUCAAUACAACUAGAUCACAAUCAUGUGUCCUUGUAUACACAUUCCCAAGUAUUAGACAUUCCAUGGGAAAAAAAAAAAGUUGCAAUGUGUAAUUGAACCUGACUAGUUGUGGUGGGCUCCUGCUGUUGAUUUCUAAAUGGAAAAGUGGCCGCCAAAAAGUAAUGACAUGUGGCCUCUAAAAUAAUAUAUACACUGUACACCUGUGUAGAUGUUAAUAUUGGCUCCACCAACAACUUGACUUGCUCCAAGACCACGUCAGCAUCAUUUGGUUCCUCAGUGCUUUGAAGCUGUGGAUUGUCUUUCUUUGACCUUUUUUGUGGGGAGAGAGUUGGGUCCACAAUCAGUACUGGAGACUUCAUUAAAAUGUUGCAAUAA